GAGUUGGCCCACGUGGCCCACGUUGGACCGGUCACUGGUGUGGCCAUCGCUCGGUCAACCCCUUGGUUCAAUGCUAAAUGCGCACACCUUUAGUAUGCCUCCAGUACAAACACUCAAAUUCGAUUCAGAUUCGCUGCGGAUCUUCCCGCGCUUUGUCUGCCCUAUUAGGGCACGGCCAUGGCGCUCUUCGCCGGGGACAAGCUCUACCUCUCGCGCAAUCUGCUGCCACCGGAUGUCAUCGACAGCCUGCACGACAUCCUGCGGCAGCACGGUGCCCAGGUCAACAUCUGCUGCGAUCCAUCCGCGCACUCGUCGCUUGAUUUCCACGUCCUCUUCGCGCCCGACUCGGACAAAGCCCGCUCGUUGCAAGACAAAGGGUGCCAGAUCCUUGGCCCUCAAUGUGUUUUCCAGUGCGCCAAAAUGAGCAAGCCACUUCCCAGGCGACCUUGUACUUGCUGCCUCGCGUUGGAGGGCAUCCGUGUCCACGCAACCGGCUUUGAUGAUUCAAAGCUCAAGUCCAAGAUCGAGUGGCUUGUGACGUCCAUGUGCGGAACUUUGGAUGCCAGCGUCUCUUCGUCCACCGACUUUGUAAUUGCUAAAGGUGUCUCCAGUCCAGCGUAUCAGGUAGCAUGCCAACAAAAGAAGCCUGUUGUUGGUUUGAGCUGGCUGGAACUGUGCUCUCGGGAACACCAGCUUGUCCCUCAUCGACCUCACAAGCUCUCUCCCCUGUCUGGUCUCAACAUUUGUGCGACACAGGUACCCGUUGACGUGCGGGUGCGGAUAGCUGAAGCUGCAAACCAGAACGGGGCAUCCUACUCCCCUAACCUGACCAAGGAAUGCACACAUCUCAUAGCUACCUCGCCCGACGGGGAAAAGUUUUUGGCUUCAAAAACGUGGGGGACGAUCAAGGUUGUUAACCAGGAUUGGCUAUGGCAGAGUUUAGCCUCACAAGUUUGUCUCGACGAGGACUUGUUCCCAGUUACAGUGCAAGCGAGAAAUGACACUAGCGUGGUCGAUGACAUGCCGGAAAGCAUCAGUUAUCAGGUUGUGGCCAAUCAGUGUCAUUCAGGUGGUUUACAGGUUGUCCAGCCUCUGCAAGGAAGCGGCCGGACAGAAGCUGAUUCGUACCUUGCAAACUGUCGCUUCUACAUAGUAGGCUUUCAGCCGGAUGACAUGAAGCGUCUUGUAGAUAUUGUUUUGGAUGGUGGAGCCACAAGGUACAUAGAGCUGAAUAAGACAGUUACUCAUAUUGUUCUGGGAAGUGUAUCCGACAGUGAGGUUAAGAGCGUUCAACGGGCUACUGCAGGAGGUGCAAUACAAGUUGUCACCUCAGCCUGGCUUGAGGAGUGUGCACAAACUCGGCAAGAAAUUGGUGUUGCUAAUACACACGUUCCAUCUCAAAUGCUGCCAGGGAGCCUUAGUUCCGAUGUGCUUCCUCAGAAACCUCACCGUGUGCAGUCCCUCGACAUAUCUCCCGCAACUGCAGUCGUCCUAGAAACUGUUUCUGCUGCAAAUUCUGAUAUGAAGGAACAGAAGGAGAAAGGCGUAUUUUCCGGUGUCACUUUCGCAUUCUUAGAAAAGACCAGUUGUUACGAGGUGAUCAAAAAGGAAAUUGUUGAAGGUAUUAAAGCGGCUGGAGGGGCUUUUGAAGAUGCAUGCAGCAAAGCUGAUUACUUGAUCGGUUUCCACGGUUCUCCAUCACCAAAGCUCAACGUCUCCAUCGUGUCCAUACAUUGGCUACAACAGUGUCUUCUGGAGGGGAAGCUGCUUGACACUAAGGGCCACGUUUUGUACCGUCCCUUACCCUGCAGAAUACCGCUACCUGGUUUUGAGAGCUUCAGACUAUGCAUUUCUCAAUACGAUGAUAAAGAUCGGACAUUAUGCCGUCACCUUUGCGGUCUUCUGGGCGCAAAAUUCAACAACACCUUGACGAAGAAGGUAACGCAUCUUUUGUGUAAAGCGGGGGAUGGAGACAAAUUUCAAGCUGCAGUUCUACUUGGUAUUCCGGCUGUCACAAUCGAGUGGCUUUACGCUUGUGUUGGCCAGAACGCAGUGGUUUCUCUUGAAGACUACUCAGUGCAAGCUCCUCCUUCAGGUCGCUCUUGCAUAGAAGUGGUGACACAGAAAAGUCGCUCCGAAGGAAUUUGCUCAGGGAAGAGGAAGUCAUCUAACAGCAGGAGCUCUGAUACUUGUAAACGGCCAGCUGCGUGUGAUGAAGGUGGUUUUGACGCCUGGGAAGUGCUGACCGCUAGCUGGUCAACGACUGGUGCGGAAAGUAAUCGUCCAGACAUAGCAAAACACACACAGGCUACACUUGGUGGCCACGCCAAAGACUUAUCUCAGUUGGGGGUCGAGAUUGAGGACAGUAUGCCGUCUCAACCAGAUGUCGCGGCUGCCAUUGAAAAUCUUUUGGCUCAAACAGGCAAGGCUAAAUGGGAAGGAAAUCUAUCAGGAGAAGAGGAGAACGAGUACGACGUAUCCUUUUGUUUGAAAUGUUUAUGCGCUGCAAACCUUGACGGUUGUCAGCUCCUUUCUGAAGCUGCUGUCAGGGAUAAAGGAAGCCUUCCGUCUGAGAACGCAAAGGCGGGAAGGGUCCUUGAGCAUGAAGGCGAUUCAAAUGCAUUAAGUAAUGGUGGCGACAGUGGGCAUGAGGAGUUUCAGAUUGAGUCACAGAUUGUUGCGUACGAUGAAGAUCACUCCGGAAAGCAGAUGAUCAUGGAGAGGGUACGAGCGGGAUCAACCACAAACAUCAGCUGUAGAAAGACAAAAAGUUCGAAAAGUUUUGCAUUGGGUCGGCUCUUUCAAGCUGCAGAGGCCAACAAGUAGCUGCCACGCAACAGGUGGAAACGCAGUCCAUUUCCAUGUCAGCUUAGACAUGUUUACACUCCUGGCCAGUUCAUUUUCUGGAAUCUUUCAUGUCACUUGUCAUGACGAAAUCGACGUCUGCAUUAAGGGUGA